AUGCAGCAGACGCCCUUUCGCCCCGCCAACCCGAACCGGAGUGGCUCGUAUGAGCUUCCUCCGGUGCAGUCCGUAACGGGCGCAUUCCCUCCCGCCCCUGGGCUGCCCUCCGCUCCGCCAAGUCGACCAGACAGCGGAAUGCGAAUGGCUCAUCUGUUGCAACCUAUGCCGCCGAUUCAACAGCCGCAGCAACCAUUACCACAAGUGUCGCCGUUGGCUCAGGCGUCGCUUCCACCGCCCCAGCCGCAGCAGAUGUCUGCACCGGGCCCGACCCCAGCCCCAUCAACUUCACCCUAUGCGCGAUUCUAUGACUCGGCAUCGGGAUCUCCUGCGGAGAGUGGAGGUCUACCUGAUGCGCCGCCGAUGGUAUCGGUGCCAGGAGCCCCCGGCAUGUACCAAACGAGCCCGGUUGGGCUUCCACAGUCGACGCCCACCCCGCUCCAGCAGAAGAGAGCUUAUCGCCAACGGAGGAAAGAUCCCAGCUGCGAUGCCUGUCGCGAGCGUAAGGUCAAGUGCGAUGCGACGGAGACGUCCCAUUGCACGGAGUGUAUCAACCGCAAGGUUCGCUGUUUAUUCACCAAAGAGACGAAUCGGCGCAUGUCCUCGAUCAAGCAGGUUCAGGAUCUCGAAAAACAACUACAAACGACCAAGCAACAGCUCCAACAACUACGAUCGGGCAUGCUUCGACCAGACGGCAUGAUGGACAUCGAGGAAUCAACGUCAGCACCUAUAAUCAAGUUACCCGAGAUCGAAUAUAAACCAUCCAGAAGACCCAGGCCGUUCAUCACGCAAGACUUGUCCGAAGUACGAUCGAACUUGCGUCAGCACGGUCGAGGGAUUUUGAAGGCCCCUCAUCCGCACCAGCAACAGGGUUCAAAAUCGGUGGUACCAGCCGAGGGAGCGCCACAGCUUCCCCCAAAAGAAGUUGCCGAUCAUCUCCUCGCUCAGUAUUACCAAUGCAUUCACUCAGUUCUGCCGGUCCUGCACUGGCCUGAGUUUAUCGACGCAUAUGAGAAGUUGUAUCAAACGGGGUCUUUGACGGGCGUGUCGAGCGAAUGGGCUGCGGUAUUGUUCGGUGUUUUCGCAUGCGGUGCGGUCCAUACAGCUGAGCCGAACCGAGAAGAAGAGGGCAAGAAGUUUGUUCGCAUUUCUUGUGGGAUCAUCGAUGUGUGGCAAGAUGAAUUCAAUCUGGAUCGAGUGCGGGCGGCUUUGCUUGCUAGCAUCUUCCUAUACGAAGUCAACUCCAAAUCCGCUAGUUGGGUCUGGAUCGGAUCAGCAGUGCGCGUCGCGCAAGAGAUUGGUUUGCAUAUCGAGUCUGGUCCAUGGCCUGAGCUGGAAGGCGAAAUGCGCAAGCGCAUCUGGUGGGGAUUGUACACCUACGACCGACUUUUGGCUCUCGAGAUGGGCAAACCAGUCUUGAUCAAUGAUCAGGACUGCGAUAUCGACCUACCCUGCCCCGUAGACGACCAGUCUCUUGCCCAAGGCAAAUUAUGCGAAGACCAGCAAACUGCGCCAUCCACGUUACUUGCCACAAUCCACGUCGUCCGUUCCAUCGGCCAGCUCACACGCACCCUCCGUUCUCCCUCCAUUAGCUACGCAACUCUCGAAACUUUCGAACGCCACUUCACCAUUUGCCGAACGACCUUCCCAGCACACCUCCAACUCAAGCAAGACACCGACCUUGAUCCCCGAUCUCUCGCUCCUAUAAUCUACCUCCAAAAUGCCCGCCUCCUCCUUCAUCGUCACAACAUCUCCCCUUACUGCCAGCCCGGCGUUCGCACCGCCGCUGUGGACUACUGUGUCUCAAUAGCAAUCGAUACCGCUAGUAUCCUCUCGCGCUGCAUGCGCAGUCACUCUGGCACUGGAGACUGGAGAACUCUAUUCGCUUCGAGUGCAGGGACACUUCUCUGCACACAUAUCUGGCGCUGUGCUCUAUUCCUUCUCUUCCGGCAAGAAUUCGCCGCAGCAUUGGCUUGUGUGCAGGCUAGUGCCGCCGUGGGUGAUGAUCGUGCGGUGAACGCUGCCUGCGGCCGGUACUUAGCGUUCUUCCUCCGGUGCCUUCUCGACCGCGCCCAGCCAGGCGAAAUCGUGGAUUCUGAACACGACGAGGCGAUGAUGGCCUAUGUCUCUGGGGAUAUGCAGGGAACUGCAGAUGGUAGCUGGGUCUGGCAGGGUAGCGAAACCGGUGCCAACCUGGAGAAUAUCCCCGGACAAUCGGCUCCAGCGCCAACUCAGUCAGACUCGCAAUGGGAAGGCUGGGAGUGGGUUGAGAAGACCGUUGCGCAUUUGCUUGGCGAGAAACAGCGCCGUGAGUAUGAACGUCGCGACGUCGCGAUGGACUCUAGACCGGAUUCUUCCGCCAUGCUCGCUCCCCAGUCAGCGGGUUCGGAUACGACAGAGCGUCGGUCUAGCUCUGCUCAUUCGCGUAUGACUAUUGCCAGUAUUAUCUGA